AGUCAAUUCUUUUUUACUGUAAAAAGAUUCAAACUUUCCUUGCUGAAUUGAUCUCCAAUCUUGUUGCCUGUGUCUUCCAUAGUUCCAUAGAUUCGAGACCCAAACUUUCCCCACGCGACCAAAUCGAAACCUAGAGUUUUGGAGAUGGCGGAGUUCCAACUCAUCGUUGUCGUUGAAAGUACCGCUGCUAUGGGACCUUAUUGGGAGACUGUUCUCAUGGAUUAUCUCGAUAAGAUGAUCAGGUCUUUCGGUGGAAAUGAUCCAACUGGGCAGAAGUUAUCGGCUCCCAAUGUUGAGUUUGCUCUAAUCACCUAUAAUACUCAUGGAUGUUAUUCUGGUUGCCUUGUGCAACGGACAGGUUGGACUAGAGACCCAGAUGUUUUCUUCCUGUGGCUAUCUUCUAUACCAUUCAAUGGUGGUGGUUUUAAUGAUGCAGCAAUUGCUGAAGGGCUUUCUGAAGCCCUGAUGAUGUUCCCAAAUUCUCAAAGUGGAGGCCCUAAUCAGCAGAGUGUGGAUAUGCACAAACAUUGUAUCCUUAUUGCAGCUAGUAAUCCCUAUCCGUUGCAGACACCAGUUUAUGUUCCAAGACCACAGAACCUAGAGCAGAGUGAAACCAUUGACUCUGACUCAGGGAACCGUUUAUAUGAUGCUGAAGCUGUGGCCAAAGCUUUUCCUCAGUUUUCUAUUUCCCUGUCAGUUAUUUGCCCAAAACAACUUCCCAAAAUUAAAGCCAUCUACAAUGCGGGAAAACGAAGUAAUAGAGCAGCUGAUCCACCACUUGAGGCUAAAACCCCUCAUUUUCUUAUUUUAAUAUCAGAAGGUUUCAGGGAAGCUCGCAGUGCUCUGAGUCGUUCUGGGAUCACUAGUUUGCCUUCAAAUCAAAGUCCGGUUAAAGUAGACUCUGUUUCUGUAACGCCGGUUACUGGGGCACCCCCAACUUCUAUGCCAUCAGCUAAUGGAUCUAUUGCGAACCGGCAACCAGUUCCUGCUGGAAAUGUGGCUCCUCCUGCUACUGUAAAAGUGGAGCAAGUUCCUGUAACCUCCAUGGUAUCUGGGCCUUCCUUUCCUCAUAAUUCAUCUGUUCCUCGUGCUACCAGUACUAGUCAAGGAGUUCCAAGCUUGCAGACGUCUUCUCCAUCUUCAGUUUCUCAAGAUAUUAUAACAAAUAAUGAAAAUACACAGGAUACAAAGCCUACAGUGUCAAUGCUGCAGCCCCUUCGUCCAGUGAAUCCCACUCAAGCAAAUGUGAGCAUAUUGAAUAAUCUUUCUCAAGCCCGGCAGGUGAUGAGCUCUGCUGCCUUAAGUGGUGGAACCUCUAUGGGACUUCCAUCAAUGGGCCAAACUCCUGUUGCCAUGCACAUGUCAAACAUGAUAUCUAGUGGGAUGACAUCUUCUGUACCUGCGGCUCAAAAUGUAUUUUCAUCUGGACAGCCAGGAAUAACAUCAAUAACUAGUUCUGGGCCUCUUUCUGUUCCUGCACAGGUUGGACAAAAUGCAGGUCUCGGUUCAUUAACUUCAAACACUUCUAAUUUGUCUUCAAGUUCAAACAUUGGGAUUUCACAACCAUUGGGUAAUCUUCAAGGGGCUGUUAGCAUGGGACAACAGGCAUCUGGUAUGAGCCAAGGAAACCUUUCAGGGCCCCAAAUGGUGCAAGGUGGAGUUCCCAUGAGCCAAAAUGCAAUGAGUGGUCUUGGUCCGUCAGUUGUCUCUUCUGGGAAUGGCACAAUGAUUCCUACUCCUGGAAUGUCUCAACAAGUACCAUCAGGCAUGCAGCCCAUUGGGAACAAUGCUGCAGCUAAUAUGCCUUUGUCACAGCAAACAUCAGGUGGUAUGCAGUCGGCUCAAUCGAAAUAUGUCAAAGUCUGGGAGGGAAGCUUGUCUGGGCAGAGACAAGGACAGCCCGUCUUUAUCACCAAGCUAGAAGGUUACAGGAAUUCUUCGGCCUCUGAAACACUUGCAGCAAACUGGCCCUCUGUAAUGCAAAUAGUCCGGCUUAUAUCUCAAGACCACAUGAAUAACAAACAAUAUGUAGGAAAGGCAGAUUUCCUAGUUUUUCGGGCAAUGAAUCCGCAUGGAUUUCUUGGUCAGCUGCAGGAAAAGAAGCUGUGUGCAGUCAUUCAAUUACCAUCACAGACGUUGCUACUAUCUGUUUCUGACAAAGCCUUUCGCUUGAUUGGGAUGCUUUUUCCCGGGGAUAUGGUUGUAUUUAAGCCACAAUUGUCCAGCCAGCAGCAGCAACAAAUGCAGCAACAGCACCAGCAGAUGCAAUCACAACAGCAGCAUCUUCCACAAUUGCAACAGCAGCAGCAACUUCCUCACAUGCAGCAACAGCAGCUUCCUCAGAUGCAACAACAGCAGCAACAACUCCAGCAGCAGCAGCAACUUCCUCAGAUGCAACAACAGCAGCAGCAGCUUCCUCAGCUACAACAGCAGCAACAGCUUCCUCCGGUCCAACAGCAGCAGCUUUCUCAGUUGCAACAACAGCAGCUUCCUCAAAUCCAGCAACAGCAACAGCUACCUCAACUUCAACAACAAAUUCCACAACUACAGCAACAGCAGCAGCUUCCACAAUUACAGCAACUGCAGCCUCAGCAGCAACAGAUGGUUGGGGCAGGAAUGGGUCAAGCCUAUGUUCAAGGCCCUGGGCGGUCACAGAUGGUUUCUCAGGGACAAGUUUCUUCCCAGGGAACAACAAACAUUGGUGGAGGGGGAUUCAUGAAUUAGCUCAAUUUUUUUUAGGUUUCCCCACGGUCACUAAGGGUAUGGUAUUUGUAUGAAAUGAAACAUCUGUGACAGGGUAAUCCAGUUAGCUCAUAUUUAUCACUCCCUGAUAUGUCCUUAUCUCAGAAAAACGUUAGAAUGUCUAUUUGAUUUCUUCUGCAAUUUAGUCAUUAAAAACUCAGGCUAAAUAGUUAAUAUUAAAAGCAUGUUAGAAAGUUAUUUUGAGCUUGUUAAUUUUAAAGUUAGGUGGAGUUGUCUUAAAAAA